AUGCCUGAACCAUUUAUCGACAUUGAGAAAAAUCGGUCGUACAAUCAACAACAACAGCAGCAGGGGUGUUCGGUGCCUUCUAAGCUCUCACUAGCGUUUCAAAACCACCCCGCAGUUGGCGCCGUUUCAGGAACAAUAAGGGGAGACACCGACACAGAGGAUCUAAUCAAUGCAGAAGUAUCUCGGAAGCUUAACUUACCGCCUGAGGCUUCAGUGCCAGCUGUGAAGAACCAGAUAACUAUAGCGAGCGGUAAUAAUGGCCAUGGAUUAGCUGUUGUCGACAAUGUCAGUCAACCAGUUUCGGAAAUUCUGGAUAUUGAAGCACAUCCCGAGACGACCAACAGUAACGAAGGAAAGAAUCUCAAGGAAACGUUGAAGUCAAACCUACGGAUAGACACAGGAGUGGACGAUGGUGAGCGCUCCAUCAAAUCUGUAAGUUCAUUUUCGGAUUAUGAUGAUCAAGACACACAAGUAGUUGACCUAUCGUUUUUCAAUGACGAGGAAGAAGACGGAGACGACACCGACAACAGGGGAGGGAUUGUGGAUGCAGAUCAAGGUACCUUUGGGAAAAAGUCGCUGGAAGAAGAUCCUGAAGAUUAUAAAGAAGGGGGAUAUCAUCCAGCGUAUAUUGGCGAAUCCUAUAAGCAAGGUCGAUAUAUUCUUGUCCGUAAGCUUGGAUGGGGGCAUUUCUCAACUGUAUGGCUAGCCAAAGACACCACAAAGAAUACGCACGUGGCGAUGAAGGUUGUUAGGAGUGCCAAGAGCUACAGAGAAACUGCUGUUGAUGAAAUCAAGUUGUUGACCAAGAUAAACAUGACCGACAAGGACCACCCUGGCCACCAGUAUCUUAUAAAGUUGCUUGACUAUUUUGACCAUAAUGGACCUAACGGUACCCAUAUCUGCAUUGUCUUCGAAGUACUGGGCGAAAGCUUGCUAGGUUUAAUCAGAAGAUAUAAACACAAGGGGCUGCCGAUCAAGUUUGUAAAACAAAUUUCCAAACAGAUUCUACUGGCAAUAGACUUUCUACAUAGGAAAUGCGGGAUUAUUCAUACUGAUAUUAAACCAGAGAAUAUCAUGCUAGGGAUUGAUCAAGUUGAGGAACUGUUGAAUUUCCUCGAAGAGUCUGAAUGGGAGAGACAUGUUUUGCGCAAAGUAUCAAGUAAAUUGCUGGCCAAAGGUGGUCUUAGCGCCAGUAUUGAUACCAAGAGUCUUGCAAACAUUACCAAGACCAGAAAUUCGUUUGGGAACACCCGUUAUGGAAAGAAGAGAGCAAUGUCUAUAGUCACCAAUUCACAGCCACUACCAUCACCCCUUAGGUCAAGAUCAAGCUCCUUUUUCAAUUCGCCAUUAUCCAGAACCAACAGUAACAUAUUGCACACAGGAUCAGCAAUCGCUAGGACGCACUCAAACCAAAUGAAUAAAUGUGAAGGGAGAUCACGUCCAAUUCCGGUGAACAACACAGUGGAAGAGAAGAACGAUGCCGGCCAGAGUAUAUCCCAUGGAAAUUCUUCAUUUGCUUCUUCAAAUGACCUGCCAUCGAAGAUGUCAUAUAAGGAUAUCCAAACUAUUAUAAAUAAACAUUCUGAGACAGAGAGAACAUUAUUUGACUUUAUACCACCGAGUGAGGAAGAAAUAGUUGAUGAUGAUUUGAUCAAGGUCAAAAUUGCCGAUUUAGGCAAUGCAUGUUGGACAUCCCAGCAUUUUACCAACGACAUCCAGACACGUCAGUAUCGUUCGCCAGAAGUUAUACUUGGCGGUGAUUGGGGAUGCUCUGCAGAUAUUUGGUCUACAGGAUGUCUUAUCUUUGAAUUACUUACCGGUGAUUUCUUGUUUGAUCCUGUGGAGAACCCUGCUUUCAGUAAAAGUGAUGAUCAUUUGGCCCAAAUAAUAGAAUUGCUUGGUCCGAUACCCGAUGAAUUGAUUAGGAAUAGCCAUUACGGACGCCAUUUUUUCCAUCCAGAUAACAAAACACUUCGGAGAAUAAAGAAUUUAAAGCCAUGGCCUUUGGAGAGUGUUCUACUUGAGAAAUACAAGUUCUCCGAGGCAGAUAGUUUGGAAAUUGCAGAUUUUCUCAAGGGCAUGUUAAUUCUAGAUCCUAAACGUAGGAUGGACGCAGCUGGUCUUUCAAACCAUUUUUGGUUGAACGAUGCUAACGUUGAAGGCCAUAUAGACAGAGAAGUUGGUACUCGCGGGGAAGACAUUGGCAAAGGUUGGUACUCCGAAGUGACUCAAUCUCGACAAGCGCACUCGGCACCAUUAGGCUCGAAGUGA